CCUACCGUAUAGUAUAGUAUCGGUAUGCCGCCCAGCUAGCGUGUGUAUAAAUAGCUGCCGUGCAGUAGAGAACCCCGGCCAGGCAGCAGCAGGAACAUCUCAUAUCCACAGAGACACAGUGCUAGGUAGCUAGCAGCCAGUGCAGGAGUAGCCCGGUUAUAUAGAGAGUGUAGCACGACUAUACAAUAUAUCACAGAGCUAGCUAGUAGUAUAUACGUACUAUAUAUAGUCUAUUGCUCGCUAUAGCUUGCUGAAUCAAGCUGAACUACUAAGAUUAAUGGAGGACGACAAGAAGGAGGGCAAGUACCGCGGCGUGCGGAAGCGGCCGUGGGGCAAGUUCGCCGCGGAGAUCCGGGACCCGGAGCGCGGCGGCUCCCGCGUCUGGCUCGGCACCUUCGACACCGCCGAGGAGGCCGCCAGGGCCUACGACCGCGCCGCAUUCGCCAUGAAGGGCGCCACGGCCGUGCUCAACUUCCCCGCCAGCGGAGGAUCGUCAGCUGGCGCGGCUCCCGGCGGCCGGACCAGCGGCGGCUCCUCCUCGUCCACCACGUCGGCUCCGGCCAGCAGGGGGAGGGCCCGUGUUCCCGACUCGGAGAAGGUGGAGCUGGAGUGCCUCGACGACAGGGUCUUGGAGGAGCUGCUCGCGGAGGACAAGUACAACAAGAACUAAUGAAACGCUAGCUGAUGCACAACAUACAUAGCCGCCGCAACGCGCUGCUAGAGCUAGCUCUUCGCUGCCGCUUCCAGUAAAUUUUAUUAAAGGAGACAAGAACUAUAUUAACUUAA